AUGAUAGUAAACUUGCACAGCAUCUACCGCACCCUCUCCUCCUCCCCACCGGAGCCAGGUAUCAAGAGAUUCAAGAAGACUGGAGGUGAGGGAGGAUGCAGAUGACUGGUACGGCCGAACCUGCACCUUGGCGCUCCACUCCACACGCCCUGGUCCACACAACAAUUGACCAGGUUUUCGACCAACAACAACAACAUCACCACGAUGGUUCAGAGGACGAGAAUGACUGGGCAGCCAUGCUCACCACCUGCAUACCCAGCGGGAACGCAAACGCAUCCACCGGCAGGGAACCAGGUGUCAGGGAACUGCCACUGCAUACCAGGCUGUGAGAGCCAUGGUUUGCUGAUCCUGAUUUAACAGACGCCUGCACAUGUACACACAGACAACCAGUAGUGGGACUAAACCGUCACGGAUGAAACUAUUUCCUCCCACUAAGGAUCAUUUGUUUUCCAUUUUUAGCCCGUAUAAUCAAACGUGGAUUCGUUUAUUGCGUAGACCGUCCUGUUGAAGAGACCGCACAAGUAGACUACCUCCUGUUAAUCCUUUUGACGGAAUGAAGCACCUGUGGAAAUUCUACACUUUGACUCAACCGUACGGGAUCAAACGACGGCUAAUUACGAACUAUUUGCAUAUAUCUGUAAAUGACUGAUGUGUUAAAACAUAAAUCGCCUUUUGGACGUAUUAAUGCUCUUUUGAGUAAAAAGGACACAGAUUUAUAAAGUUAAAUUUCUAAUGAAAACAUAUCUCUGUUUCUUCCUCUUAAAAAUAACACAUCUAUUCACAUUCUGCCUCAUUUGGCUUGCGGGGGACUAAAAAUCGACAUUCAAGUUAGCAACCACCCCUUUUGAAAGACUUUCUUGCUCAGAUUAGUGUCCUCUGUUAUAAAAAUGCGCACAAUUGGCAACUGUCAUUUAAGGCUGUUAUUAACAUGCAGUAAAUAUGCUAUCUCACGAAAUGUUGGCCAAAAUUCUGAAAUGCACCCUCUAUUAGAAAGUAUCACUUCAGUGAGGUUGAAGUAUUAAUCAUCGUGUCACAUAGUGCCAGACUAUUCCCGUCACGUCGGAAUGCCGGCUUUCGAACGAGCUCCUUAUCAACCGUCUUCGAAAAUGACACUUUGCAAAGACCACUACUCGAGUAGCAUGAGUUUUCUUAUUGAAUUUCGGUGCCCUUAUAAAUCCAAAUAUAUUUUGCAGAAAAAAUGCACAAAUAUAUUCUCCUCUGUACUCAUUUGGUAGUAAGUUACGUACUGAAUGGCCUUAAUGCAACCUGACGUUGAUUUUCACUCAAAGAUGCAGAUCUUCCCGCCGGAAAAAUAAAUUAUAAAUGUCUUUUCCGAGGGAAGAAGUACAUUUUCUGCAACUUAUUAUGCUAGUCAGUAAAGUGCCCAACGUUCAAGGUGCCUCGAACUGAUUAUCCAGAUUUCGGUCGCAGGUUUACUGAAAUAGGUCACCGAGGAUAGUCCGACCGUUGCGUAUGACGAUGUUCACUGUGUACCCCACGGGACGGAGGGCGCAGAGCGGUGACAUGAGCACGAGCUGAAGUGAGAUGGACUUUCACUGCAUCCACCGCACUCUCUCUCUCUUCGCUCACCUAUCACGCUCCGAUGACAAGACAAUGUCGAGACGGUUGUAGGCGGGCCCUGGCGUAAUGGCUGACGAAGCAGAACAGCUUGUCGGCGUGUGACACACACGGCUGAGUUCACCCAUCGGGUGGAAGUCUUCCAAGCUACGACUUUUAGCGCGCCAUGAUUGAUUCGAGCACACCAGAUAAAUCAUCGUGAGGGAUGCACUGAUGCGCCGUGAGGAUGAGUCCCCCGAUGUCGACACAGAGGACACAUGCGCUUGUCGGCUGAAAGGGAGGUUACACUAAACACUAGACCAUUAGUAAGUAUCCUCAAGCAGGACAAAAUUUUUCCAUGUUAAUGUCACCCGUCUGCACUGUGCGUGUUUGGUUGCUCGUAUGGUCACGCGAGAGUGGUGUUUACCGAUCUGUCACCGGCGGCAGAGAGAAGUCUGCGGGCGGUGACACGGAAAAGUGGCCAAUCAGUAACCGAUAGCUGAUGCCUACAAAAGGAUAAGAAGAUUGGAACAGUCAAUUCUGGCAAGUUUGUUCUCGACGUCAGCCAUAUUCAACUCAAGCCAGGAGAACCGAGGUGUUGACCAGACUUCUACUAAAUUACUUUCCCGUCUCGCUUGACCUAGAUGGCCAGUUUAAUAAUAUUCCGGCGCCCUUAUAUGAUCCACUUUGAGAGCAGGAAUUUAUUCAAGCUUAUCAAAUCCUCCAAGGACUUUGCCUUUUACAUGAGCUGCUGCUCGAAAUAAUUAAUGGGUGACUCGCCGGAAUGGGAGAAGUCUGACCUUGAUAAAAUUUGACAUUAAAGUUAGUUUGCCGUGCGAUUCCCCCCCCCCUUCCGAUGCUAGAACAGACAGUAUGAAGCCGAACAGAGCCGGCUUCCUCUUAAGCACUCUUUUUAUUAACCCGAGGAAUACGGCUUCUUUGGCAAAACGGCGCUCACUGGUCGUGUUACCGAACUCACUCGCCCAACCAGCAGCUGCACAGCGGCGCAUACUAUAGGCAGAAUGGCAUUACCGACAAAAACAAGGGAGACUGAAACGGCCAUUUCUGGCUUAUUAGCCGUCUUCAGCCAGUCAUACCCAACCGCGAGGUGUGAAACACCUGGGGCUCGACCCCGCGACCUGUUGGUUAAACGUUUAACGCCCCUAAUCACUGGGCUACGGGCUCGUUGUCCUGUCGGCUGCGAUCGGGGUAAGAUGUGGUUAUGUGGCCACACCUACGGUGAGCAAACCCCAGCCACCUGUAAUACGAGACCGGUGAUAAUAGGGCUUUAUACAGGUGGGACCGGAGAACGCAUAGGCGACGACGUCAAGUAAUUGUAUGCAAAGGAAAAGCUAUUGGGAAUGCGUGGUUGCACUUUGAGUGAUUGAAUAUACUUGCCCUAACCCAUAACCCUAACCCCUGACUUCAGCCCUUCACCUCAGCUUUAAGCCCUAACCCUGAAACAUUUAGCGUGAAAGUUAGAAGGGGACGACAGGCCGAAAGUCAAGAAGGACCACCGGCCUUGCGUCGAAAAAGGUAGACAUGGCAGCAAAUAAACAAGGCUGCCAGCAGAACGCACACCCCAACGCACAGCAACACCAAGCCAACGUAAUCACACCAACUCAGAAUAAUUAGGUGGGUCAACAGUAUUGUGUCCAUCAGGUGCGGCCAUACAACCACAUUUCAUCGCGUUCCGGUAUAUACAGUGGUAGAGGGGCGCUCGCCGAUGGUUUAUAGUUGUGUCUUGGGACUCUCCCGAGCCCAACCAGUCUCCAUUGUCUUUGUCGGUAAUGUUAUAUAGCUUCUUUCCCUUGUGGCAUCAGCACGAUUAUCUUUUAGAUGAAACCAUGAAUGCAAUGCUUCUUUACUGCAUUAAUGAUUACUUCUAGAAUCUGAACUUUGUAGUCUCGCGUCAAAUCCCGACUCCACCAUCCGUGACAUAUGACGGAUGGAGAACUCUCCGCGGCCCACAAGUUCUUCUCUAGUUAUGCAACGCGUGCGAGAUUGACCUAGCAAGGGGACACAUUAGUUGCAUUUUUAACAAUGUCGUUAAGUCGAUGCAUGGGUCGACGCAUGCGGCAGCACGUUGUGAUGUGACUGUUGUCGGUUUUCUUUCCACUUCCAUCACUCGGAAUCCCCAGAGGACUUUACUGCGCUUCGAGGGUGAUAGAAGUUCAGUGAUCUCCCCUAGACUGCAAGCGCUUCCGUCAUAUUUGCAUCAUUGUGCCUAGCCACUACCCUUAUUCCCCGUAAAAAUGCAAGUUCACCGUCUCUACCUUUGUUUAACUAUAAUCAGCUUUCUUUCCAGCCAGAAGGCAACUCAGGUUGACAGUAAAGUUACCUUCCAUUCUCACAGAAAAUUGCACUGGCGUGACACCCACUUGCGGGAGGGGAUGUAGGCCUGCCCUUCCGCAAGAGUAAAUAACAGGCUUCCAUAAAAAAAGUGGGGGAGGAAGGAGGCGUACAGAGACGGCAUCAUUCGUAAUUCAGGCAAACAAGACUUUGGGGAUUAUGCAGUUGCCGGAUGACAGAGUCAAGGGUGGUCCCCAAAGUAACCUUAUUUUUACUUUCUGCGUCAUCCUCCUGAUGGCAUAUUUCUAAGUAGGUGGUGAUGGUGGUGGUGGUGCCAGUGGUGGUGGUGGUGGUGCCAGGGAUGAUGAUGAUGAUGAUGAUGAUGAUGAUGAUGAUGAUGAUGAUGAUGAUGAUGAUGAUGAUGAUGAUGAUGAUGAUGAUGAUGAUGAUGAUGAUGAUGACGUUCUCACGCCGCUGUUUCUGAGCGCUUAA